UAGGGAUUAAAGCUGACCCUGUUCAGAAAUACAUUAAACGACGACUCGGGUGUUACCUUCGGCACUCUAAUGUCAACUGCCGAUUCGUCCUAUAUAUUGACCAGUCCAUCAAAACAACGAGUUCUUCAACGUCCAACAUUCUAGUGGUCCUCUUUCCUCAGAUGAUCAUAGAAAUCCUUGAGAAUAAGGAUCUCCAUGGUUGCCACUGUUAUUGGGAGGUCGACAUGGCCGGCAAUCACUACUCAAUCUGCCAAAUUGAACUAGGGAAGCAGUCAGAAGCCCAGCCUUGGAUUUAAGAAGCCAGUGGGUCACACUGUGGUAUUGUCGCAUUUGCUUCGAAAACCUCCUGCAAUAGAUUUGGCCAUGUUUUGGUACGCCCUCGCCGCCAGUGCUCUUUUGGGCCAACAUGUCUCCGCACAGAACAUGCUUCGUUUUGCCUGCUCGCAGCUCACCGUCGAGCGUGCGGAUCCUCUGGUGACCCCUGGACAAAGCCCUGCGCCCCAUACGCAUCAGAUUGUUGGAGGAAACUCCUUUAAUCUUACGAUGGAGCCAGCUAAAUACGAUCCACCUUCCAAGUCAACCUGCACCACUUGCACGUAUUCCGAGGACUUUAGCAACUAUUGGACCGCGUCUCUGUAUUUCAAGUCACCCGAGAACGGCACCUUCCAGCGUGUCCCUCAGUAUGCCAACGUCGGGCUCCAGCAAGACGGAGGCAUGACGGUAUACUAUAUGCCGUACAGCGCCAAAAACAACAAGAUGACAGCAUUCAAGCCCGGCUUCCGAAUGAUCGCCGGAGACCCCAUGUCGAAGAAGAAUAACAGGGCCUCGAUCUGUCACCGCUGCCUCGGAAAUGGCGAAGGGUUCGCUCCGUGCGAUGCUAAAGACACUGGUGAGCUCCCGAACAAGUACUGUCCCAAGGGCAUCCGAGCCACCAUCAUCUUUCCCUCGUGCUGGGAUGGAAAGAAUUUAGAUUCCCCGGACCACAAGAGCCACGUAGCCUAUUCCAACAGCGGAGGCCUCGGGAGCACAAACUGCCCGUCUACCCACCCUGUCGCUAUUCCCCAGGUCAUGUACGAGAUCAUGUGGGACACGGGGAAAUACAAGAACAAUGCCUAUUACGGGGCCAACAAGCAGCCUUUUGUCUACAGCUUCGGCGACGGAACUGGAUUCGGCCAACAUGGUGACUAUCUCUUUGGAUGGAAGGACGAUUCUCUGCAAAAGGCCAUGGACGCUCUACCCAGCGGCAAGUGCGCCAACGCUAACUGCAGCGUUCUGAAAAUACAGUCUGGCAAGGACUCGAUGACUUGCAAGAAGGCCCAGCAAGUCGUCGAAGACGUUGGCAAGGACGGAGCAUGGAUUAGUCAGCUUCCAGGAGGCAUGCCGGUCACUUACUAGCUUUAAUUUGUAGACAGGACCGGGGUUAGGAAAUGGUUGUCUGUUCGACUAGGGGACGAGUCAUUCUUUAUGUAUCUGGUU